UCAAUACAUUUUUAUUUAAGUGCUCAGCACACAUAUUUUUUUUUAUUUAAAUAAACUAUUUUCGCAAACUCUUUUUACCCAAUUCAAUUCGCCCAAAUCAUAGAAAGUGUUAAUUGGCCCAACAUUGAAAAGGAAAAUUCGCCGCCAAAAGUGACGCCCAAAUUUAGACAAAAAAACUCAGCCUACCAACCAACCAACCAACCAGCCAACCCAAAAUAGAUGAGAAAUAUGGAGCAAACAGAGUUGCCAGACUGCCAGAAGGCGCCCCGCGAUAAGCGCGUCAAUCUCAUUGCGGCCAUGAGUCAAUUCAAGCCCAAGACAGCGAGUGCCAUUCAGUUCUACAACUAUGUCCGGGAAUUUUGUAUUAUCCACAAUUGCAGCAUUGACGAUGCCAUGGAGAGUGCCCCCGCGUCCUGGGAGCAGCUCAGUGAGCAACAGAGAGAUCUAUACAAUUCGGAAGUGCAUGCUGCUCUGCCCAUUCCAGUGCCACGACAUUUGCUGUACCGUGCGCUGCAGAUGGAGCGCGCUGGACGCUGGACCAUCAGCUCGGCAACUGCGGCCGGCGGCGGAUCCACUGUGUACUCCAUGGAGUCCUAUUCGCCGCCGCUGAAGCCAACAAGACUGCAGGCGCGCUUGCAGGCGCAGAAGCCGCGCUAUGACAACUUGGCCGACGCCUGCCGCUUGGACUCGCUGCGUUCGCUAAGAUUGCCAACACGCCAGCAAUCGCCGCAGUCGUCGCAGCAGCAGCAGCGAGGAGCACGUGCAGCACAGCUGGGGGAGAGAGGAGGCGAUGGAUCCAUAUCAAUCACACGGAUUCUGUCCGACGAAAGCGUCAAACGCAUGGCAGCGCGCAGGCGCGUCAAGGCGACGUCCGAGGCGGUAUCGGUGCAGCGCUUGAACGGCACUAUCGCCUCCAAUCAGAAGCAGCCAGCAGCCGAAGCAGCUCCGGAGCUGCUCACAGCCGUGCAACAGUGUGGCAAGCCGUUGCAGGAGCGGGGCAGCAAGAGGAAGCACAUCAGUAAGAAGCAGUCGCCGGGACUCUCGGCCAAGUUGGAACCCAAGCGACAGCAUCCCAAGAACAAAUACAGCAAUAAGCAUAUGGCGAUCAGAAGUUAGGGACAGAGAUUGUUGCUGCUCGUUUGUGUUGUUGUUUUUUCCCCUCUUUUCUUUAUAAGUAUGAUGAAACCAUUAUUGGAUAUAGACUCUAAAUUCCAUGUAUUUAUAUCUCGAACAUUGUGUGCAGAAAUUUCAAGUUGACUUCAUGUUUAAAU